AUUACGUGUGCAGGCUUACUAGUAAACCCUAGCCUCUCUCCCGUACCCUCAACCGCCUGCCGCCCGCACCAUUCAUUCAUCACAACCCCGCAACAUUCAUUCCAGAAACCCUAGUUCCCAACUGAUGAACGGCGACACCUUGUUGGCGAUGGUCAGCCAAGAGCUUAUGGAACGCGCACGGGGCUGGGACAGGCUGAUCCCCUGGACGCCUGAGCAUGUUCUUUUCGAAGAUUAUUUGGAAUAUCUCACGCAGUACUUCCACCGUAAUGCUCCUGAUAAUUUCAACCUGCAUGCUGCAGCCUAUAGUUGUCUGGAGAUGGAGCAGAAGUUGAGUUGUGCAGUAGGCUUCACUCCUAACCUUGCUGAACUGAGCAACCGUAUCAAGGAGGAAGCACGCAGUGUGACCAAAUCAGAGCUUGAAUCUCCUGUUGCAGCUGCUGCCUUUCUGUGUAUUGCAGAAGAAGCCAAGUUGAUGUCUGAGUUAAUGGCAUGUGAAAUCAAGAACCGUGAAGAGCUUGAUGAUUUCAUUACCGAUGUGCUGGAAGAUCAGCCGAUCAACUUUAGCAAUGCGGUCCGUCGGAUUGUAUUUAAUAUUCUGACCACCUACAAAGGGUCUUGUUCUGAAGCUGUCGCUGCUUCCAUAUUGGCCAUGAGAAAGGAAGCUAAUAUUCUACGUGAGUUGCUGAAGCUAGAUCAGAACAACAUGUACCGCUUUGCAAGGUUUAACAUCUGUGAAAGUCUGCGGCGUUCUUUACGGAAAUUUCUCAUUGGCAUUCGUGAUUGCAACUUUCCAGAAUUGCCGAUACCUGAGCCAGUUAUGCAAAGUGAAAAAAAUCAUGAUAUGGGUUCGUGCCCUGAUGGCACUGUUGUGAUUGCGGUCUCUAGUACUCCCGUAACCACCAGCGUUACUGCUCCUGCUACUGCCAUAUCAUGUGACAACACCUUGCUCGCAAUGGUCAGCCGUAAACAUAUGGUCAGGUUUCUGGGGACUAUGGAAAACACAAAGGAAUUUGAAGAUGUCAACGAUGUGCCGCCAUUGGAUAUCAUCCUCUACAAAGAUCUUAUGCAAUCCGCAUGGGGUUGGCACAGGCUAUUGCCCUGGACGCCUGGUUAUGUUCCUUUUAAAGUCUAUUUGAAUUACUGCACUGAGUACCUUGCUGAGUACAACAACCGGAAUACUGAUGGUAAUUUGAACCUUUAUGCUGCAGCCUGUAUUUGUCUGGAUAUGGAGAAGUCGAUUCCUGCAGUGGGUUCCACAACUAGUCUUGUUGAACUGAGCGACAAUAUCAAGGAGAAAGCGAGCAGUGUGACCGAAUCAGAUCCUGAAUCUCCUGUUGCAGCUGCUGGCUAUAUGUGUAUUGCGGAAGAAGCCAAGUUAAUGUCUGAGUUAUUGGCAUGUGAAAUCAAGAACCAUGAGGAGGAUGAUUUCAUUACCGAGGUGCUGGAGGAUCAGUUGUUCAACUUUAGCAAUGCGGUCCGUAAGAUUGUGUUUAAUAUUCUGUGCACCUACAAAGGGCCUUGUCCAGAAGCUGUUGCUGCUUCGAUGUUGGGGUUGAAAAAGGAGGCUAGUAUCAUAAGGGAGUUGUUGGAGCUGAAUCAGAACUGCAUGAACCGCUUUGUGAGGCUCCGCAUCUGUGAGAGUCUACGGCGGUCUUCACGGCAAUUUCUUUAUGGCGUUCGCGAUUGCAAGUUUCCAGAAUUGCUGGCAUCUGAACCAGAUAAGGCAAGUGCUCUGAAUGAUUGCGAAGCUGACCAUGACAACAUGAGUAUGGAAAGUGAGAGCAGUGGAGAGAUCAGUGGUACGACCUGCAUUGAAGUGCACAGUUCUCAUGCAUCUGACACGAGUUUGAGGCGUGGAAAUGAAGUUGGAGAAAGAUUGCUGACAUCUGAACCGGAGAAGGCAAGUGCUGUGGAUGAUUGCGAAGUUGACCACGACAACAAAAGACGGAAAGUGAGCAAUGGAAAGAUCAGUGUGGGCGAAGAUGCCACAAUGGCCUGAUUUCACUAUUUAGGAUAAAUACAAGGAUUGGUGGAACAGCAAUGAUGACACUGGUCUUUUGAACUACUCUACAUCGUGUUCCAUUAAAGUACACUGUAACUUUGUUUAAUAUUCACCACAAGCUCGAAAUCAUUGUAAAUGUCCCUAUCCCCCUUUUGAGCUUUUCUUCAAUUUGUGGUAUGCUUGUUUUGUCCAUUUAUGUUGAACACAUUUUUAUUAUCUUCUCUCCGAUCCAAGUGUGCCUGAUGUUUGGAACAAUUGCUUCUUUAUGUUUGCGGUUGAUGCCUAUCAGUACUCAAAUACUGAAGUGAGGG